AUCAGGAGGGAACAGGGCUGACGCGCACUGUGCCACAGAGAGCUUUGGAUAUUGAUAAGCCUGUGACGAAGCAGCGGACAGCAAACUCCCAUUGUAGGCUACGUACCACACUUGUGUGGCGCUUCAUAUAGAGGCGCGCCGUGCGUUAUAAGGAGAGAAUAACCUCGUGUAGGCUACAACGCGUGGAAAAAGGAAAAUAAAAAGGGAUUUUAAUCAACUUGGAGAGUUUUGAUGUCUCGAGGGAUAACCUAGCAUUAGCCUGUAUUAAUGUGUAGUAUAAAUAACAUUUUACUAAUCUAGUCUAGAAUAUUGUUUGUUUGUAAACUUUGUAUGAUAUAUACAAGUAACUUAAAAUGUUUGAAGAUUUUUUUUCUCAUUAUAUUGAUUAUUUUUUAGGAUAAUGUAAGAUGUUUAUUUUAAAGCCAUAGGCUAUAACAUUGGGCGUUUUAAUUUCGCACCUGGACUUUUAAUGUAUCGACUCGUGCCUUAAAAACAUUUUUAAAUUGUGUGAUACCAAACAGUCUGAGACUAUCAUCCCGACUGCAGGAGAUUAUUGUGUUUGGAACACCACAAACAGUUCCUUGGGGAUUUAAAGACAUCAAUUGAAAAUGGACCAAAUCAUCUUCAAAAAAGUCGCCUUACUCCCCUAGUCCCCUGACAGUGGAAUUUCGAACUGGGUGGACGUUCUGUGUGGGAAGCGUAUCAUUGAGCAGGCUACAAUUGCUAAUUCACUGGAUACUUUCCUGAGACGACAAGUGUAGGUGUCCGUCCACUUGCAAGGCAAGGAGUUCCAAUUCCACAGAGCGAGCCGCUGUCCCCACGCCUAGUGCUGAGGGAGAGACUCGUGCUGUUUCCAUAAAUGCUUGGUCUAUCGCGGAGAAUCCAGCCUGGGCAGCAAAAUGAGCUCGUGGGUUUGGGUUCAGCUGCUCGCGUUGCUUGCGGCAUGUCUGCGGUCGGGCAGCGCAGAGGGGGAUCCUCUCCCUCCAGGUUUGGUGGAGCUGGUUAGGAGAAACCCUAUCUCUUCCAUAGAGGACCUGCAGCUGCUGCUGCUCAGUGACUCCGUAGAUGAGGAUUUCUCUGACGAUUUUUUGCCGAGUGGACAACACUCCAACAACACUAGCAACCGAUUGCCAAGGAGUCUGGACGCCCAGCCGGCUCAGCAGGCACUAUGUAAGGUGAGGACAGAGGUGAUGGAGGUGACCCGUGCCAUGUUGGACCGCAGCAACGCCAACUUCAUGUUGUGGCCUCCCUGUGUGGAGGUACAGCGAUGCUCUGGCUGCUGCAACACCAAGAGCCUGCAGUGUGUCCCCGUGCUGACCCACACCAGGCACCUACAGGUGAUGAAGAUCCAGUACGUGGACAAGCGGCCCAACUACUCCAAGGCAGUCGUCUCGGUCCACGACCACGUGGAGUGUCGCUGCCAGCCCGCCCCUCGCACCCCGGCCGCCCCCAAGAAGAAGUCCACGCCCCGCAGACAGCAGAAAGACAACAAAGGAGAGGGCCAUCCAGCCAAGGCCAGAUCCAAGGAGGAGCUGCACCGCAGAGAUGAGCUGAAGCACAACCAGAGGAUCCAGCUGGAAGACCUGCUGGACCAGCACUGGAACCCCAAGGACACCUCCUCAGACGCAGGGGAGAGGAAAGGGGGCUAUGGGCUGGACCAUGACAAGAUGGAUCCUCAGUGGGUGCUUAACGCUACCAGACAUCUGGGGGAUAACGAGUGGACCGAACCUCGACAUCACGAUGACAUGGAGGAGGGGAGAGACAGUAGUAGUGUCAACGGCACUACAACCGCAGUGGACAUCGACAUGGCACAGCUUGACCACGAGAAGGGAGACAGGGUCGAGACGCGUGGGGAGUCGCUAUUUAACAUUACUGAGGGAAGUGUCAGUAGGGGAGAUAGGCAGCAGGGUAGUCUGAGCCUCAGUGAAGAGGAGGGAGACCAAGAGACACAGAGACAAGCCACACAAACACAGAGUCCCUCGCUACGCACCAACACAUCAAAGCAACAGCGACAUGGGACCAACUCCUCCUCAGAGGAAACCAAAAGCAGAGAGGGAGCCAAUCAAAGAACGGAACAGCAAUUCCAUCCUACAGAGGAAACCAAUCAGAGGCCCGAGAGCCGAUUCCCUCCUCUUGAGGAAGCUGAUCAAAGACGUAAAGACAAUGAGACCCCUGAUUCAGAGAGGAGCCUCCAGCACGCUCUCCAACUGGAACAGGAGAAGCUGGAGGAGGAGAGGAAGGAGCUGUUGUUACUCCACAGGAGGCUGGACGAUGAGAAGGAGCUCCUGAGACGUGAGCAACAGAAACAACAGCAAGAAGAAGAGGAGCAGCAGUACCAUCGGCCUAAUCAUAAACAUCAAACUCACACCACCACACAAAGAACAGACACAGUUUCGCCCACUUCGCCGCGAGCGCCCUCAGUCCUGGCUGGUCCCCGGCCACCUGCUCGGCCCGGCCCAACUAGGAAGAGAAUGAGGAAGAACAACCGCAAGCGUAUCAGCAAGGCUGCAAUGAGAGCAAUGCUAAUGUAGAACCUACAAUCUCUCUGAAGGGAGUGAUGCUCUCUGUGUUUGUUGUGGACAAUCCAGUGGCGACACCGAGCAGUUCAUUCCUUUCUUAUGAGUUAAUAUUCGAGUGUCAGUAACCUGCUCGUCCUGUGACCGUGAGGUAUUCCCUAAUAGUACUAAUGAUUGUCUGGUGAACCCAAAACAAACCCUUGGACGGAAAGAAAUAUGGGACAAGAAGAAUGGGAUGUAAAUACAUACGAGGCUGAGGUGAUCCAUCAACAUAUGUCUGAUCCAUCAAAAGAUGAUCUCCUAUUAACAACAAGAUGUUCCCCCAGUCGGAUCAAGAACAUCGGAACAGGACAUUCAAACCACAUUAGAACUUUGGAACAGAUCAUUGGAACAACAUUAGAACUUUGGGAGAUAUCAUUGGAACACUGGAUGAACGUUGGAACGUUCACAAGGACGUUGGACUGUCGUUGGACUCAGUGCUAUUGGACCUCCCUCGUGACUUUUGAACAGCAUAGUAAACCACUCCAGUCAGUAGAGAUCAAGUCGGUUAAAAACUCUUCACAUUCUCAUCCAAGGCAUGGUUUAUUAUCCCAGAUAUCCCAGACAGAUCAUGCUUGUCAAGAAGACCAAAGAGAGAGAGCAUUUUUAUGUCAGUCCAAAUCUCCCAUUUCCCUAUGAGCACAAGACGUUGAAAAUACCUGUUUUUUCCUUUGAAAAUACUUUAAAAAUAUAUAUAUAUUUCCAAAAUGUUUCUUACUAGGUUCUGACAUAGAAGAAGACAUUUUAUUUUUCGGACUAGAAAGGUACAAUGAUAGAGGACCGGAAAAAAUACCAUGGCAAGCAGAUAUUACAGGGACAAUGGGAAAGAAAUGAUGACAUUUAAAUGAGCAAGGACUGUUGGAAUGACUGGUAGUCUUGACUGAUGUGUGCAGUAUCCCUACAUUGUGCUUAAGCUGCUCUAUAUGUUCUAGUCUAUUCCUGCACUAAGGAAGGUCAAUAGAACUACGCAGCAAAGAUAUUGCAUGUCUCAAUAGUUACACAAUGUAGAAUCUCGUUUUUCUAUAAACAUAUUUAAUUGUAUUUAAUUUGAUCUAAAACACUGGAAUUCCAUCAACAACAAUGCACAGGUUUGCAUUCUCAUGUUCAGCCGAGGCUUCCGCACUUCCUUCGGAAAAUGGGAUUAAAACAAGAUGCAAGGUGCUAAACAGGGUUGCAUUACACCUUUA